AUGUCUACUGAGAAAAAGUCUACAACAGAAUAUGAAGAAGGAGCAACUGCAGGAACCUUUAUGUCGAAGGAAGAGAAAGAGCAGUUGAUGAAAACCUUGGAAGCAAUGAACCUGAAACCAAAAGCUGAUACACCUGCGGAUCUGCUUGGUUGGAUGUCUGAGGUAGUCGCAGUUGGUAAAGAAUCAGGAGCUAUACCCAAGACGCCCAAAACACCGAUCAAGCCAGAACCUUUUUCACCUUUUUCCAACACAACAAUGGACUUUACGACUCCAUUUAAGCAUCCCGUGCGGAUUGCCAUGUUUUCUGGAGGAAAGAGUGACUCUACAUAUGAACUAUGGCGUUAUGAGGUUACUUGUUUAAGUAAGGAAGGAUAUUCCAAGGAUACCAUCAUGAACGCUAUUAGGAGAUCCCUAAAAGGUGAACCAGCAAAUGUGUUGAUGAGGUUAGGUCCAGUCAGCACCAUUGAGGAAAUUCUGCAGAAGUUUGACAGCAUAUAUGGGAAUGUGCUCGGUACUGAAGACAUUCUUGCAGAAUUUUACAGCGCUCGACAGAAAUCUGAUGAGGAUUGCGCAGCAUGGAGUGUUCGACUGGAGGAACUUCUUAACCAGGCUGUUAAGAAAGGAAAGAUUUCCCCAGCAAAUGCCAAUGACAUGUUGAGGACUAUGUUUUACAAAGGUCUGCGUCAGGAAUUGAAAGACAUUUCAGGACAUAUCUUUCAGAUUACUCCAGACUUUGAUAAACUCAGAGUAGCUAUCAGGAAGAUUGAGAUGGAUCAUCAACCUGGUAUAACAGUGAAACCUAAGCAGGUUAUAGCCAAAUCAGCACAGUCCACCACAGACGAAAGGUUUAGUCAGAUACAAGCACAGAUUCAGCAGCUAUCUACACAGAUACAGCAGAUGGCUAAACCUCAGCACCACAAUCAACCUCCUCAGUAUUAUCAGUAUGGGCCCAGACCAUCAUUUCAGAGAGGAAGAGGAAACUUUCAUCAGUACAAGAGAAGACCACAGUAUGCUGAGAUGCCUACUCCUCCUGAGGUAAUGAGUGAUCCAGCCCCAGCAACGAGAGAUCAACAAAAAGGUAAGAUUGUUUGUUUCAGAUGUCAUCAAGAAGGUCAUCUAGCAAUUGGAUGUAGAGUCAAGUUGGAUCAUCAGAGGAAACAAGGUCAUUUAAACUCCAACAGGCCAAAUCCUGGGGUCGAGGAUCAGGCCAGAUCAACGGGAGACCCAGUGACAAGGAAGCAAUAGUUGGAAUAUCGA